AAAAUCCUGAAAGAAAUUAGGAAAAACUGUAAGCAACCGUUCUACGACUACUUCACGGCGGUUUAAACUAAGCAGCAAGCACACAUUCUUCAACUCUCCCUCUCCGCCGGACAUCUCCUAUUUUCCUCCGGCAGAUCGUAAAUUAAUUGCUUAUUUAUCAGCAGAUCGUCCUGAAGUUCCUUAAAUUGAAGUUAUUGGUGUUGAUUUGGGAAAUGUUCGUCAAAAAGCUAGUCGAAAAGGCUUCGUUGAAGAAGCCUGGUGGAAAUCCAGAUAGUUUAAAAUCCGACGAUGUAAAUCCACGCCCCAUUUUCCAUUAUGGCCUCCCAUCAGGAUGCAAUUUAUUUGCUCAUGAUCCUAUUCAGAAGAUUCUUGCUAUAUCCACCAUAGAUGGCCGGAUUAAGUUAUUUGGACAAGAUAACACUCAAGCUGUUCUGGAAUCUCCGGAUGCACUACCAAGCAAAUUUUCGCAGUUCAUCCAUAACCAACAGUUUCUUGUAAACAUCAAUGCAAACAAUCACAUCGAGGUUUGGAACAUAGACUUGAAGUCAUUGGCUCAUGUUCAUGUAUAUAAGGAAGAAAUUACUUCUUUUACAAUCCUUCAACGUACCUUUUACAUGUAUGUUGGAGACUCCAUUGGUAAUGUUUCAGUUCUCAAGUUUGACAAAGAACAAUGUAAUAUAACACAAAUGAAAUACAUAAUUCCUUUCUCAGCAUCUCAUGGUAAUUCAACAGCUGAUCAUACCAAUGCUGCUGUUAUGUAUAUACUCCCUCAACCAUCUGCUGAAAGUAAGAGGGUUCUUAUAAUUUAUAGAGAUGGAUUUGUGAGUUUAUGGUCAAUUCAAGAAAGCAAACCCAUCUUUACAACUGGAGGAACUUUGAUUCAGUCACUUAAUCAUGACACUAAAAAAGUAACAGCUGCAUGUUGGGCUUGUCCUUUUGGAAGCAAAGUAGUUAUUGGAUACAACAAUGGAGAACUUCUAAUCUGGAGUAUUGAUGAUAAGGAGUUAGAUGGGAAAUCAAGUCGAUUAUAUGUUCUGGGCAAUUCCGACUUUUCAUCUUCAAACUUGUUACAAGUUAUUAUAAUAAAUGAUCAGAUUGAAUCUCGCACAACUAAACUAGGAAUUGGAACACCUGAGCCAUGUGUCGACAUGGAGAUUUUAGUCUCUUACAAUGAACAAACCAAACAUAAAGAAGAUUGCUUUCUCGUUAUUGGAAAAUCAGGCCAUGUUUACACAUACGAUGAUUCUUCAAUUGAAAAAUACCUAAUUCAAUCCCAAACUAGGUCUCCACCAUCAUCACUUCCAAAAGAGAUUAAAGUGAAACUACCAUAUGUCGACACAAUCAUCACUGUAGCAAAGUUCAUCACUGACAAUCCAUGCAUGUUAAUGUUAUCUUCCAAUGAGGACUACAUGUUGAUGUCGAAAAAGAUUCCUUCACUUUUCUCAUUUGAGUCUAAGCAAAAAGACGGAUCUUCAUCUUCAUCUUCAUCUUCUACAUCUGGUUUUACGAGUUUUUCAAAUUUCAAAAACAUAUACAUAACAGGACAUAGCAAUGGUGGUAUAAACUUCUGGGAUGCAUCAUCUCCACUUUUGAUUCCAAUUGUAUCAUUUAAUCAACAAAGUGAAGAUGAUCAGACUUUAAGUGGUGUUCCACUGACUGCGUUGUGUUAUGAUAUGGAAACAAGCCUCCUCAUAUCUGGAGAUCAAACUGGAACAGUUAGAAUUUAUAAAUUUAAACCUGAGCCAUAUGCCAUAGAGAGCAGUUUUUUGUCCUUACAAGCAAGUUCAAAGAAAGGAAGCAAUAUUGUUCAAAGUGUUAAACUUGUGAAGGUGAAUGGAGCAGUGGUUUCAAUAACUAUAAGUCAUGACUCUAAACAUAUUGCUGUGGGGUCAGAUCAAGGAUAUGUUUCAGUGAUUGACAUUGGAGGAGCAACUGUGUUAUAUGAAAGGCGUAUAGCGAGUGAGAUCUCGACAGCUGUCAUCUCUCUGCAGUUUGGGAUGUGCAGUUUGCAUGGAUUUGAGAAAAGUGUGUUAAUGGCAGCAACAAAGGAUUCAUCAGCUUGGGCACUUGAAAGUGAAACAGGAAAUAUUCUCAAUAAUGGAUCAGUUCAUCCUAAAAAACCUUCUAAAGCUCUUUUAAUCCAAAUGCUAGAUGAGCAAGGGACAGCUGGCAGAGGAUCUAAUGCAUCUAAGGGUACAAUAGGAAAUUCGUUUGAUGAUGGGAUAGUGAAGGACUCAUUGCUACUAUGUUCUGAGAAAGCUGUUUACGUGUAUUCACUUUCACAUGCUGUUCAGGGAGUGAAGAAGGUUUGUUAUAAAAAGAAGUUUAACUCCUCAAUUUGUUGUUGGGCUUCAACAUGUUGUUCUGAUGCUGGCCUUGUUCUUGUUUUUACCAAUGGGAAAAUUGAAAUUAGAUCCUUGCCUGAAUUAACCCUUUUGAAGGCAACAUCCAUAAGAGGCCUUGCACUUUCAACUUCAAAACCGAAUUCCUUACCUGAAAGUUCAAUUUGUGCUUCACACAAUGGUGAUAUUAUCAUGGUGAAUGGUGAUCAGGAAGUUUUUAUUGUUUCGGUUUUACAACAAAGGGAAAUAUUCAGGCAUUUAGACUCGGCUACCCGAGUUUAUAACAAGGAUCUGAUAGUUCCACAAGGGAUUCCAGUUGAACAUGUCAAAGAAAAGAAAAAGGGAAUCUUUGGUUCUAUGAAGAAAGUAAGCAAACCACAACAUGAGCGGGAAACAGAACCGGAAGCUUCUAGAGAAAGCUUUGAAGAACUGUCAACAUUAUUUUCCAUUGCUAACUUUGCAUUGGAGAGUGAAAGCCAAGAAAACAUCCACACAGAUGAAGAUGAGGUUGACCUGGAUAUAGAUGAUAUUGACAUUGAUGGGCCAGAAGAGAAACCAAAAGGAAACACCAUGAUGGGAGCGCUUAACAAACAAAAGCUCACUAGUAAAUUUAAUGCAUUCAAAGGUAAACUAAAAGAGAUGAAUGUGAAAAAGGAGAAAGUGCAAGUGAAGGAAGAACAACCACGAGAUGAUCAGAAAACCGGUUCUGUAGAUCAAAUCAAGAAAAAAUAUGGAUUCAGCUUGACCAGUGAAACAAGUGCUGCUAAAAUGGCACAAAACAAACUGAGCGACAACAUAAGAAAACUCAAGGGAAUCAAUUUGAAAACAGCAGAAAUGCAAGACAACGCACAGACAUUUUCUUCAAUGGCAAAAGAGAUGCUGCGAACUGCUGAAAAUAAUGAUCGAAGAACCUCAUGAUAUCAUCAUCAUAUACAUGUUUGUGUGUUUUUCUUUUGAAAGGUUUGUGUUUGAUUCUUUAGAAACAGAAGUUGGUUUGGUGAAUGUGUACAGAGUAAGAGAGAGAUGACAUUAUUUUUUGAAAAGUUAAACAAGGUUGUGAGUUAAUUGAGAAUAUAUCUGAUUCUUCAUAUCAUCCCUAUUGCUUGUUGUUAGAGUAAACACCUUCGCUCCUGGAUGAUUCUUCAACCUCGCAACUGCAGGAAUAUCUCGACCAUAUUUUGGAACAGGGAUUGUAGCUAGAAACGGUUUGUUAGACUCAAGAACACGCAACACUGCAGGGAAGAACAACGAACUGAAGAGCUCCAUCUUUCCAACUUCAUCAAUCACAAACAGAUCUGUAUCUUCUUUGACCUGAAACUCAGGCAAAGCUAAUGAUUCGAAUGAUGCUACAUCGACUCUGUAUCUCCCCACAGUAGGCCAUCUAAUGGACUCUACACUGCCAUUGUUAAUAGAAGCAAGUGGAGCAGUGCGACCAUCUAACGUAACCACCUCAAAACCUACCCUCUCGCCUUCUUCUCUGAUCUCACCUGUGAAAAACCCUUGAAUUUUCAAAUUGGGAUUGGAAGUUCUGAGAUUCUCCAAAACCCUAGCGAUCAGAGUGGUUUUACCCACGCCCUGCGGAGUCGAAGGUGUACAAAGGCGAUUCAAGCAAAUUCAGAUUCAAUUUGAUUCAUGAAGAUAUGGAAUCAAAUGAUGAAUGAGACAUGGAAUCUAUACAACUUACUGGGGAGCCGGUGACGAGAAAACAUUUAGCUGGAGCUGCCAUUUACUCAACUGUUUCUCCCGGCAAGGCAACACAGAAAGUGAUAAGUAAUGAACUAAUGAUUUAAAAAGGGACAUAAUAUUUCCAGUUGUUAAGUUGCUUCCACUUAAAUUAAAAUUAAAGUUUUUAUCCUUUACAAAAA